UGCGGAGAGACGUGAAAAGCGUGGGAGAGGCGGUGGGGGAAAAGAACGAUGGGUAGUGAAUCAGGUGGCCAGUGGCAUGUGACAGAGUGUAUUGCAUGGAAGCGGGUGUUAUAGAGGGUGGAAUGGUUCGAGGCCGCUUUGUGGUCGCAUUGGUGUCAUUCGUCGUCGCUGACAAUCGUUUCGGCAUUCGUUAUCAAAUCUGUGAUCUCGAAAGCAGGUGAAAUGCAAGUCCCAUUCCUUGACUGCAACACGUGCUUUGCAAUCGCUUACGACAUCCAGUGAGGUUAUUCUCCGAUCGUGACCCAAAACCUUAUUUUUGGCCGAUAUAAUUCUACGGAUUCUUCGAAUCACGUUAACAAGUUAUAGGGAUACCGCGGUUUAAUAGACAAUCACUGCAUGGCGUACGUUUGACAUCGUCGCCAACAUUUUAUAUCAUCGUUUUACGUUGUGGGCACUCCAAGAAUACAAUGAGCCAUCAUUCUCUCCUGUCCAAUGCGGCCGAGGUUCCAACCACCGAAGACGUUGACACAGGCCUAACAUCCUCAAUUGGCCGCCGAGCCUCAUCCCAUCUUAUCCAACGUAACAAAUCCAAAACUGAGGUCGAGGUCGGUGAAGAUGAUUCCAUUCUCAAAACGGCCCCAUUGCUCCAACAGGAUACGACUAGUGUGAGAGGCUACACUUUGAAAACAGUGCACCUCGGCGCUGCAUUCUGCUUGUUGUUUACAGCUUUUAAUGUAGCUCAGGCAUACAUCACCCUUCUCUUCCCGUCUAUUGGUACAUUGGUACUCGGCGUCAUCUACGGGUUCUUUGCAAUAGGGUCCCUGGGGGCUCCUCGAGUAGGGGAGCUAUUGGGAGCGAAAUGGGCAAUGUGUGCGGCGUCCUUGCUGUUUGUGGCAUUCAUUGGAAGUCUGAAUAGUGGAAUGAGCCGACUGGUACUUUUCUGUUCUCUGCUAGUUGGGCUGGGAUCCGGGGUUUUGUGGAUAAACCAGGGAAUAUGGGUAAGUCGUUUGAGCGAUCGAACGGGGGGAACGUUGGCAGGAUACUUUACCGGGCUCUUUUUCACUAUUUGCAAUCUAAACGGCGUCUUUGGCAACCUCCUCGCUAUCGCGCUACUCCAAGCCGGCCUCGGAAUCAACAUUAUGAUCUGGGGAAUGUUCGUGGCAGGCGCUCUAGGAUCAGUUUUGCUCAUCUUUGCGGACCCCAUGAAGCCGACCACCAAACCAGAACCAGUACCGAUUUCAGAGCAGGUCACUGCGGUAUGGAACGUGGCCAAAAUGAAGAAAAGUGCGGUUCUUGUGCCGUGUAUUUGGUUGCAGGGAUGUAAUUUGGCGUUUGUGUUUGGGAGGUUGCCAGAGUUGCUUCCUACUGGGUCGAGUGGGAUUGCAGUAGCUGAGGUGUUCUUAUGUUAUGGGCUCAUCCAAUGCAUUUUCUCAUAUGUGAACGGCAUUAUCUACGACAAGUUCGGCUAUAAGCCGCUUCUCCGCUCCUUCCUAGGCACUGGUCUUAGCGCUUACCUUAUCCUCCUCUCCCUUCUCCCCACUCUCGAAAACAGUCUACACCAAAAGAUCACAUCACUAUUAGAGCCCUACCUUCUAGUCGGUGGUAUGCUUGGCCACCUGGACACCACCCUAAAUACAACCAUCAACUUGGCACUUUCACGAUCUUACAAACCAGGAUCCGAAACCGCUGCCGCAUUCGGAUUCUACAGAGUGGGCUUUUGCGCGGCCAUGAGUGCUGUUAGCCUUUGUUCGGGCGGCUUCAGCGUUGGAUGGGUCAUUGUGUGGAAUUUGACAUGGACUCUCAUUGCUGGAGUCGUUUAUUUUAGAUUUGCGGGUGAAGUACAAGGGGGUAGUGCAACUGUUGAGCAAGUGUUACCGACGAUGCAAGAACCGUUGGCAUCUGAGAAGGAGACUGUAUGGAACAAUGAGUGAUUGAGAAUGUUAUGGUUUAAAGGAGAAAAGUUUGGAAGUGUUUGUUAUACUACUUGAAUAGUAAGAGAAUGGUUAGAAAGAUUUCAUCAUGAUUGACUGGGGGAACAGGAUCAUCGAUGAGCAGUGA